GGACGCGCACCUCGCCAUCCUCGUCCCUCCUUCCAGCCCCCUCUCGCUACCAUCCUCAAUCUAAUCGAAAGAGGAGGCUAAGAAGAGAGGAAAAGAAAAAUCAAAUGAGUGAACGAAAGAAAUAAGGAGUGAAGGGAGAGAGAAAGAAAGAAAGAGAGCUCGCGCGCAGCUCCAUGGUCACUCGAAUACUGGAAGAACGCGAAUACGUUUUGGAUUCGACUUUUCUUGGAGAGCACCUGUCCAAAAAAAACAGCGUCUGUUGGCGUGCCAGAAGCAAACAGUCAUGCACCUGAACCGAGAGGACGAGGACGGGAAAGGUUCAUUGUCUCUGAGUGUGUUCCUGAUAUCGGUGGGUUUAACUGUGUGUGUCGUAUGGCUGGUGGCGCUGUGCGGGGUCUGUGGAUGGUGCCAACGCAAACUGGGGAAGAGGAAUAAGCCGGGGGUCGAGACAGCGGGAACUCCAGACUCCGUUUCGGUGUCGGGAAGAGGCCGAGGAGAAAAUAAAGCCAUCAAUGAUUUAGACAGGGACUUUUGGAAUAAUAAUGACAGCAGUAAUGUGCAGCAGCGUUGGAGCUCAUACCCGCCCAAGGAGUUUCUCUUAAACAUGUCACCCUACGCUCCCUACGGAGACCCUCGCCUCACGCCAAAUGGAACGCUGGAUAAAAGGGAGGUGGGCGGGGGGGCAACGGGUGGUCCGAGUCGCAGUGACAGCUGCAUAGGUGCAGGGACCAGCAGGUCCGGGAGGUGGCAAACUCUCCAGAGCCACCUGCAUUCUGGAAGCUUGAGACCCAGCAAUUUUGGGGACCCCUCCCUGUCCACCACCUCCACCCUGGAGCACAUCCCGUCCUCAGCAGCUCGCCCCAGGCCCUUGGUCAGGCAGCAAAGCCUCCAGCAGCCCCUAACCCACCAGCCCCCGCCAGGCCCCAACGACCCCCCGGUCACCUCCCAGAGUCUUGGUCAACUGCACACUGGCCCUGGGGGUGGGGGCCCCCGGGGGGGCCCGCGGGGGGUGCGUGGUAGCCCGGCUGGGGCAGGGGCGUCCCGCUACAGGUCGGCCGGAGGAGCACGAUCGCGUUCUAAUCCCGGAAGCUGGGACCACGUGAUGGGACAGAUUCGAACCAGAGGCAUGGACGUCAAGUCAUUCCUAGAGGGCAAGAUGGUCGUUCUGUCUCUAGCAAUCGGAAUGGCCGAGCAAGACGACUUUGCCAACCUUCCAGACCUACAGGAGGCGCCAGCGGACAUAGAAGCAUCUCAAACUGACAAAAGACCUGCUGGUCACAAACCCGGUAGCAGUCCCAAGGGCCAGACCCCAGACGAGAGCAACCGCCGGACAGAUGCCAACUCCUCUGUCUCAGACCUGGCCAACUCCGUCACCAGCGACAUGCUGAUGUUGUCUCCAGGCUCUGAAGAAGAGGAACACGAAGGACCAGUGUGUGAGAAGCUGGGUCGCAUCCAGUUCAGCGUGGGCUACAGUUUUCAGGACUCCACCUUAACAGUGAAGAUUCUGAAGGGUCAGGACCUACCUGCCAAAGACUUCUCUGGAACGUCAGACCCGUUUGUAAAACUAUACCUUUUGCCAGACAAGAAGCACAAACUCGAGACCAAGGUCAAAAGGAAGAACCUCAACCCUCACUGGAACGAGACCUUUCUGUUUGAAGGGUUUCCAUACGAGAAGGUGGUCCAGCGUACAUUGUACAUGCAGGUGCUGGAUUAUGACCGUUUCAGCAGAAAUGACCCUAUAGGAGAAGUGUCCGUCCCUCUGAACAAGAUUGAUUUGGCCCACAUGCCGACAUUCUGGAAAGAGCUGAAACCCUGCAGCGAUGGCAGUGGGAGUCGAGGUGACCUGCUUGUGUCCCUGUGUUAUAAUCCCACGGCCAACAUCAUCACUGUCAGCAUCAUCAAGGCACGCAAUCUCAAAGCCAUGGACAUUGGAGGAACAUCUGACCCUUACGUCAAAGUGUGGCUGAUGAACAAAGAUAAACGAGUGGAGAAGAAGAAGACGGUGGUGAUGAAGAGAUGUUUGAAUCCUGUGUUUAACGAGUCGUUCCCAUUCGAUGUCCCCGCUCACGUCCUCAGAGAAACCACCAUUGUCAUUACAGUCAUGGAUAAGGACAAACUGAGUCGCAAUGAUGUCAUAGGCAAGAUCUAUCUCUCGUGGAAGAGCGGCCCAGCAGAGGUUAAACAUUGGAAAGACAUGAUGAGCCAUCCACGCACUGCCGUUGCCCAAUGGCAUGCUCUCAAAGCUUGAAGGAUCCGCCCACCAAAAUUUUCCUGCAGUUUGAUUUCGAAGACUCUAUUUUAUUCACAACUUUUAUUUAUUUUUCUCCACCAAAAGAGGCUAAGCACUGCCAAGAAGUCUGGGAGAGAAAGUCUUGUAAAGCAGAAGUAAACAGACUCGUCUUCCUUGAGAAAACGUUUGACAACUCAGCCGUUCGGCUGGACCGCAAGCAGUGUGACUUCUAACACUGCUGAACUCGAAACGGCUCGAACAAUUCCCUGAACAGACCCUUUUAUCACCAUGUUUCUUGUCUCGCCCCUCUCGCGCCGUCUCUCUACGCGUACGAAAAGAUCCGCCAGGAUCGCAACCACAGUGCAAUACCUUGUUAAAAGAGGGACGAACUUGUUGUUUGUCGGAUUUUGUCAUCCCUUGAUGUGUUUUUUUUCUGAACCGUGUAGAAAUUGCUCUUAGCUGGAACUCUUUGUUGUCUGUAUGUACAGUGGGUGCUGUUCUGUGAAAAAAAAAAUAAUAAUUCAAAGUCACUUUAUCUGACCAAUUCGAGUGCUUAUGGGAAACACGUUUGAACGAUUUUAGAACAUUCCAAUUUUUGUGUAAAAAAACGACACGAUGACAAAAUCGAAAAUUGUAACAAUCGGUGUUUGCAGGUUGGGUCCGAAACAUACUCUGCGCAAAUACGUGAAUGCCAAAUGCUUCUUCGUAAUGUCAUUUUUACUGAUUGUUACAUUCAGAAAUGCUCUUCUACGGUCAGGUCAACUUUUGUUGAGAACAAAGUUUUGAGACAAUCUUGGUGAGCGAAUAAUUUUAAGUUAAAACUUAAAUUUUUUUACAAGCUGCCUGAAUAAAAACAAUAUGGUUUAAUGUCACAGACAUUGUAUUGUUAACUCUAUAACUUGUGUACGUUCAACAAGCCGUUUGCUUUUUGUGCUUUAGCAGCGCAUUCGUUUUGUUUCUUGUGUAUGAUAUGUUUUCAACCCACAGUCAAACCAAACGGCCAUUUUAACUCUUUCCCCGGCAUUCUCCGGCCCGACGAGUUAAGGCGUGAAGGAAAACGCUUCCCUGCCAAUGACAAGUUUUUCCGGCAAUCCGUAUUUCUGCUACUAUCCACCAGGUGGCGAUCUUACCCAACUUAUAACUCCGUGUAUGUUAUGAUCAUCGCUCUGAAUCUGAUCUCUAACAAAAGUUUUUCACAAAAAUCAGUUAUCUUACUUUUUUGGUAUUUUUGAAGAAACCCACUCAUAUUUGAGAGGCGAUAAAAGGGAACAAAUGAAGGUAGGAUGAAACUUUUUUUUAAAGCAGAGGCUCUCUUCUUUUAUUUGAUAUAUUUUAUGUUUAGAUAUUUAAAGAAGAACAUUUUCUGGAAUGCAGUAAACUUUUUAAAAAUCAUAAAAUAUGCUGGCGCUGACUGGCAACUUUUUUUUAAAACGCUGGCGGGAAAGAGUUAAAGUUUCUUCCAGAGAGUGAUGGACAGGAUAAGAAUUAGUGUUUGAAGUGUUUACGUGUUAGCAUAGAAGCCAUUUGUGAACACUGAGUAGAGUACUUUUAUUUCAAGCAGCAUUGUUUGUCUAAUGUACACAUCUUGCACUGGAUUGCAUCAACCACUUAACCAGUAUGCAAUGACACUGCCAAUGUGAGUUCAACCGCUGCCAAGAUGUUUCUUAUUUAUUUUUCGCACAUUUCCGAAAGGGCUGAAUGAGUUCUUAACGUCUCUCAAAAAUAACAUUUUAAAUGAACUAAUCGUAAUACAAAAAAGAAAAGUAGAACCGGAAAACAACACAAGGAAUAUUAUUGUACGAUUUUUUUGUGUGUGUUUGUACACAUUUGUCGCUGUCUGUAUUCGUCUGUGUUGAGGAUUGGAUAACAAAGGUCAUACGAUUUAAACAGUUUAGUUUAAUCUUUGCUGCCUUCAAGUUUUUUGUACACUCGUACUUAAAGGGAUAGAUGUUGAAAAAUGAAAACUCUGUGAUUGUUUACUCUGUGGAAAACAAGAUCAUAUUAGGAUGAACAUCAGAGCUGGGUUUUUUAUUUUUGGAUGAUUUAUCCAAAAAUCCUAAUUACAGUAUGACAUCAGUUCUUCAAGUGAUUUUGAUCAGGAUAAAAUAUUUGUGCGAUUUCAAAUGUAUUUAUUUAUAUGACCGUUUUCAUGCCUGCAAGUGCCAUAUAGUAAUGCAACAAAAUUAAAAACUGAACCAAAUCUUGCAAGUUUUCUAAUCACACACUGCAAAAAAAAUACUUUCUUUCUUAGUAUUUUUGUCUUGUUUUCAAUGCAAAUAUCAAAAAAUUCUUAAAUCAAGAUGACUUUUCUGGAUGAGCAAAAAUAAGUCUAGUUUUUAGACAAAACAAUCAAAUUUAAGUGAACUUAAGAAAAAAAUCAGCAAGUGGUGUAAGAAAAAAAAAUCUUGAAAUAAUUUUACUUUUUUCUUAAACACUUCAUUCAAGAAAAAAAAACUUAUCCUAUUGACAGAUAUUUUUGCUGAUAUUUGAUGUUUUUUGUCUAAGAACUGGACUUAUUUUCUUAGGUCAUUUUGUUAAUCAUGAAAAUACAUCUAAGUGAAUGUGUGCUUAAAACAAGCAAAAAAAUCUGCCAGUGGAAUAAGAUUUUUUUCUUGAAUUAAGUGUUUGAGAAAAAAGUAAACUUACACUGCAAAAAAUGAUUUUCAAGAAAA